AUGGCUUCUAUGCCUUCUGCGACCCGUCCUGAAGACGAUAAAUCCACCACCACCACGCCUUCAGAAGUUGAUGGACAAACUGUAAACGUACAGGUCUUGUCACCGUCUGUUGGCGUGACCCGACCCCUGCUGUUUCCCAAUCUUGCUACCAGCACUACGGUCAAACAGCUCAAGGACAAGAUCCGACAGACCCUUCCAUUGCGCCCAGCCGAUGAGAACCAGCGCUUGAUUCAUCGCGGGCGCGCGAUCGUUCGCGAGUCCGACACCUUGCUUGAUAUAUUCGGCGCUGAUGUGGUUCGCAACCCCGAGCAACAGACUAUUCACCUUGUCAUUCGCGACGUGCAAGACAGUCAAUCCUCAGCCGCGCCCGCAUCUUCUGCGCCUCCUGCUCCCGUCUCAGCACCAGCGUCAGGUCCCAGCCCAACCGCUUCUGCCCCGCCAACGAAUCCUCCACGGCCACAACCUCCACAUAUCCAAGGCCAUGGCUUAGCAUACCAGAUGCCGUGGCGAAAUUCGAUGCCUCCGACUUCUAACCCGUUCCCUCAGCCACGCAUGCCGUCGCCCUCUCCAUCCCAUACCCCUGAGCAAGCUGCGGCCUUUCAACAUCACCACCAGAAUAUGACUCAGUGGCUGAAUAACAUUCAACGAGAGGCUAUGACAAGGGCUAUUAACCAGAAUCAGCGCACGAGAGCUCAGAUGGGAAUGCGCGGUGUUGGAGACAACAGCCUAGGGACUGUCCCAGUAGGCGACGGCAGCGGUCGAGCAAGCCCAGCCCCAGUCCCGGGCCAAACCAUAUAUCGCGAGCAUAUUGGACCUAACGGGCACACGUACCAAGUCGAGACGGUUGUACGAACUGGAGGAGGAGUGCAACAAGGGGGCGGUGGUACCGCGGCCUCUAUGUCACCAGCCGACGUACAUAACAUCAUCCGAAGUGCUGAUAUUAACCAAGCUACGUCAGCAGUGGCCAGUGCAAUGCAGCGGAGCGCUUCUAGCACUUCUUUACAUAACCGCCCCUUGACACAAUCCGGAGCGCCGGCACCUUUUCACCCACAUGGGUACUCUGUCAUGUCCAGCAGACGGGCGACCCCCGAGCCCGGUUCUGCUCGACUUGCUCCUACUGCGGCCUCUCGAAGUUCCCAACCCAGGCAAGGGCCUGAGGUAUAUAUUCUCUCAUCACCUGAAGGACCGAGAGCUUUGCUGUUUAAUAAUACCAGUUCUGAGGCGUACUACACUCCACGUCUUAGAACCCAAGCAAGUCUUCAACAACUCCAGCAACAGCGGCAAACCAUGCUUGGUACAUCGGCGGAGGCUACUACUGAGCAGAUGCAACAGAGACAGUAUCCCCACCACCACCACCAUCAUCACCAUCCUCGUCCCCAUGUGGUAGCGAAUUACUUGGGCCAGUUUCAGCCACAAGGACAGCCUCUUCGUGUUAAUCAACAACGCCUCCAGCCUUUACCUCAAGAACCUGUGCCUCAGCAGGAACAAGCACCCCAGGGCCAGGCUCAGGCUCAGGCUCAGGCUCAGGACCAGGGCCAAGGUCAAGUUCACAAUCAAGGUCAUGAACCAGAGCCCGGGGCGUUCAUGGGCCCCUUGAUGCAUCGAGGCAACCCACCAAUGGCAGCACUUCCGCCAUUACUUCUGCAGUUGUGGCCACAAAUUUGGCUUCUAUUCCGUUUGGCAUUAUUCAUCUGGUUCUUCACUUCUCCUGAUGCGAGCUGGUCUCGAUGGCUUAGUAUUAUUGUGAUCGCCGUAUUCAUCUUUGUGCUCAGUACCGGAGUUUUCAACGGAGUACCAGAUCACGUUUGGCGACCUCUUGGGCGACACCUAGAGAACUUGAUUCCCAUGGAGCCAAGGCCUCAUCAUGGUGCCGCCACACCAGAGCAGCGUAACCAGCAGAACCCGCAGCCUAGACCGAACCCUAAUCCUACCGAGAUGGCAAGGCGGCUUGUGGAGCAGCACCAAGGUCCAGAGAACUGGAUUCUUUCUCAAGUCAGACGUCUGGAAAGAGCUGGUCUCUUGUUCCUAGCAAGUAUUGCACCAGGUGUCGCAGAAAGGCACAUCGCCAAUCUGGAAGCAACAGCGCGAGCUGAAAGGGAGCGCGCAGAAGCUGAAGCAAGAGAAGCCGAGAUAGCAGCAGCGGCGGCGGCCCAAAAUGACGAAAACAACGAAAACCCGGCUGAGAACGAAGGCGAAGGAGCGACUACAGGUACUGAGACAGAUCAAGCGGAGAGGGCGCCAGAGGACUAUGAAAGACUACAAGGGGAGCAAGGUGUUCAGGAGGGUAAUCACCAUGUUGAGUCCGAUGCGGGUGUUUUUACCUCCCUCAUCGAGAAUCUUGGUGUCAAAGACGUCCAAUUCGAAGAACUCCUCACCCUCGACCCAUCCGAGCUUCUCACCCUGCAACCCAUCUACGGCGUGAUUUUCCUCUUCAAGUACCCGACCGAUCAACCAUAUGCGACACCCGAGGGACCCCGCGACGGCUCCUUCGACCACGAUGCCUCCGAGAACAUCUUCUUUGCCGCACAGACGAUCCAGAAUGCUUGUGCUACACAGGCCCUCCUUAGUGUCUUGUUGAACAAGACGCAGGAUGUCGAGAUAGGCGAGCAGCUGGGCGACUUCAGAGAAUUCACCAUGGUACUGCCACCCGAAUUCCGCGGUGAGGCGCUCAGCAACUCUGACCUUAUCCGGGAGGUGCACAACAGCUUUGCUCGCAGCAGCCCCUUUGCCGAUGAGACGGACAAGACUGGUGCAGAGGCGGAGGAUGCGUUCCAUUUCAUCGCUUACACGCCCAUCAAUGGCACCCUCUACGAGCUCGACGGCCUGCAACCCGCUCCCAUUUCCCACGGUGCUUGCACCUCUGACGAUUUUGCCACCAAGGUUGUCGAUGUUCUACAACGCCGAAUUGCCCGCUACGAUACUACUGAGAUCCGCUUCAACCUCCUCGCUAUGUGCCGGGACCUGCGACAGCGAGCGCGAGACUUUGGCGACGAAGAGUUAUUGGCACGAGAAGAACGCAAGCGCCGAGACUGGAUGUUUGAGAAUGCCCUGCGGAGACACAAUUUUGUUGGUUUCGCGGGUGAGGUGAUGAAGGGUGUUGUGCGUAGCAAGAUCGCUGAGGGUGGUGAUGUCGCGUGUGACAAGUGGGUAAAGGAGAGCUUGGAGAGGAGGAAGAAUGCAGAGCAAGCUUACAGAGGUCGAACAGGAGGUGGCGGCGGCGGCGAUGGAGAUGGAGAUGUUGAUAUGGGUGCUUGA